AAACGCAGGAAGAGAGGUGUUUAGUACCUCCUGUUUUUGUUAUGCCCCUUCUAACCCGGCUAGUUCCAGAAGGGAAAGUGGUCGUUAUGGAAACAGAGGUAUUGUCAGGACAAGCUGUUGAUUUCACGUGGUUGUUUAAUCAGCACCCGAUCACACCAUCAUCAUCUUCCUACGUCAUUUCUAAUAAGAACCAUAAUUCCAUCUUAUUCAUCUAUGAUGUCUGCCAGAUCCUAGCUGGGGAAUAUACCUGUAUAGCCAAAAAUGAUGCGGGUAUUGCCACAACCUCAGCAUACCUUAUUGUAGAAGAACCAAAAUCUGAAACAGAGCCACCAUGUUUCAAUGUCCAGUUAUCGCCUCCAAGGUGGUCAACAGCUGAGCCAAUAAGACUAGUUUGUUACGUGAGUGGACAACCAUUCCCGAGGAUUCGUUGGUACCACAACAGAACAGAGUUAGCUGAAUCCAGGAGAGUCUUCAUGAGUGUACAAAAAGAUGGACGCUGUGAACUGAACAUUCAGGAAGCUUCUCCUGAAGAUGUGGGCGAGUACGUAUGCGAGGCUGUGAACGAGGGAGGAGAAGCUGUAACCAAAACAACAGUGGAAAUUCAACCUUAUAAACACAGUGUAAUAUUGGAGCAAGUCACUUCUGGAGAAGCUAAGGACCAAUUGGAAGAAAUAGUCUGUAAUGGAGAACGUUCUUCUAUUCACGAGAAUACUGUAAAGUCUGAUUGGUUGAUGUCAGAGUUGAAAGGUUAUCCCAGUAAACAGAACAUUUUAAACAGGCUCCAGGGUGAAGAUGAAAGACCUGAGCUACAAGAUAAUGUUAGUCUUCCUGAGUCCACAGAAGAGAGGAAAUAUGACGAUAAGAAUGAAGAAAGUGAAGAAGACCAUAUUCGAGAUCGUCCCUCACUUGUCAUUCUUCCAAUGCAAGUAAAAGUCACAGGCCCAAGUUCAAUAUUUGUCCAGUGGAACGAUGACCGCUCAAUACCUGUUCUUGGCUACUGCAUCUUACUGAGAGACGUGAAGCACAAGAUAUGGAUGGAGGUGGGUCGAGUAGACGCUAACAUCAAACAGAUUACUAUAAAGGACUUACAAGAAGAUCACGAAUAUUUUGUCAGAAUUAUAGCCUUCAAUGAAGCAGGAGUCAGUGAACCUCUGACCAAUGAAUGUCCAGUUAGAGUGGUCAGACCUGCAG